AUGCCGGCCUUCGCCGAGAGCACGGCCGAGCCGCCUCUGGCGGACAGCUACUACGCCCUGCUCCGCGGUGGCAACAAAGCCGACGAGUGCGCCUCGGCGCCGCCGCCUGGCUGCCAGGCCCCGCCCGUGUCGGAAUGCGAGCUCCCGAUGAUCGACGUUGGGUGCCUGACGGCGUGCGGCGGGGGCACGGAGGAGAGGGCGGCAUGCGCGGCGGCGAUAGCGUCCGCGGCCGCUGAAUGGGGCUUCCUCCAGGUGGUCAACCACGGCGUCAAGCAGGAGCUCCUGGAGGCGAUGCGGCGGGAGCAGGUGCGCCUCUUCCGCCUGCCGUUCGAGGCCAAGGCCACGGCCGGCCUUCUCAACGACUCCUACCGCUGGGGCUCCCCGACCGCCACGUCGCCAAGGCAGCUGUCUUGGUCCGAGGCCUUCCAUGUCCCGCUCGCCGGCAUCUCCGGUAGCCCUUGCAGCUACGGCGAGCUCACCAGCAUCAGCUUGUGUGUGUGUGGACGGUGCAGGGAUGUGACGCAGGAGGUGGCGAACGCGAUGUCAAAGCUGGCCAACACGCUGGCGUGCGUCCUGGCCGAGAGCCUGGGACACACCGCCGGCCAACGCUUCCCGGAAGGGUGCGACGAGAGGACGUGCUUCCUCCGGCUGAACAGGUACCCGCCGUGCCCGUUCUCGCCGGACGCCUUCGGCCUGGUGCCGCACACGGACAGCGACUUCCUCACCGUGCUCUGCCAGGACCAAGUCGGCGGCCUGCAGCUGAUGAAGGGCUCCCGGUGGGUGGCCGUCAAGCCCAUUCCCGGCGCUCUCAUCGUCAACAUUGGAGACCUCUUCCAGGCAUGGAGCAACAACAGAUACAAGAGCGUGGAGCACAAAGUGGUGACCAACGCGACGACGGAGAGGUACUCCGUGGCAUACUUCCUUUGCCCGUCGUACGACUCGCCCAUCGGCGCAUGCGAAGAGCCUUCACCUUACAGGACCUUCACCUUCGGGGAGUAUCGGAGAAGGGUGCAGGAAGACGUCAAGAAGACGGGGAAGAAGAUUGGCCUCCCCAAUUUUCUGCUGUAG